AUGUCGUUCGCUUUUGCCGUUCUAUGCUUCGGUGCUGUCUUGUUUGGAGUCGCAUCAGCCCAGCAAUACGCUGGCGACUUCAUCAAUACUACCCUCCCAGGCGUACCGGGAUCCGAGAUCGCGUACUGGAAGAUCCGCGACGGCACCAAGGGCAGCAAUCUGACGCUGAUCAACUACAUCAACCACGGUAGAGAUGGACAACGCCUGGUACCGGCUAACCUGAAGCGCGCAGUCAUUAUUAUACAUGGUCUCAACCGGGAUCCUGGCACAUACGAGUCUAACAUGCUGAGCGCCCUUUCGCAAGUGUCCGAUACCAACAUCAACCCGGACUCCGUAGCUAUCGUUGCUCCCUACUUCCCUAAUGGCGAUGACAAGAACACCGGCGGCUACCCGUGGAUCAAUGGCCUCAAACCAGCACAGGGAUCAAUCACCAACUGUCUCGUCUGGUCUGGCUCUCAGUGGUCUGCUGGCGGCAUGAAUCAAUACCCUUGGACGUCUAGCAAGAACAUCUCUAGCUAUGACGUGCUUGACCAGAUGCUCCAGUACUUUGACAACAAGGCGAUGUUCCCCAACAUCAACCAGCUUGUCGUCGCCGGCCAUUCACUUGGUGGACAGACGGUCCAACGAUAUGCUGCCAUCGGCCAGCCAGGGAGCGUCAAGACUCCGGUCUCAUACUGGGUAGCCAAUCCUAACUCCUACGCCUGGCUCAGUACAGACCGCCCACUGUCGACCUCAUCUUGCGCCACGUUCGAUAAUUACCGUGAAGGAUAUACCAACUUCUCGCAGUACCCGAUGACCUAUGGUCUGAGCCUUGUCAAUUCUGGUCGCGCAAACAUUUUGGCGAACUUCAACAAUAAGGCUGUCAACUAUGCUCGAGGUACACUGGAUUUGGGCGACGAUUCUUCGAGUUGUGCUCCUGGAACGACUGGCGCCAACCGCAACGAGCGCUUCUUCAACUUCAUCAAAGCCUUCCCACCGAGCUGUUCUGAUCCAUCCGGCAAUGCGUGUGAUACUGUUGACUUCAUUGCUUCUGGUCAUGAUGGUGGAGCUAUGAUGGCAUCGGCUGCUGGUCAAGCACGUCUCUUCAUCGACAAUUUCUAUGGCGAUAGAAAUCGCUCCUACGACUUUGGCUAUCCUCGUCAACAGAGUGGGGAUGACCCUUUCCCGAACCCGGCUCUUAACCAGUCAACUGCUGCAACCAACAAUUAUACGUAUGCAGGGCAGAUGACUUAUUGGGGAUGUUGGUCCGAUCAGGACCCAGCCACCCUUACUAACCUGGCCUACGAAGGUCUCAACAAUACCGUCGAAAGCUGCACGGCCCUGUGUGCAUCUCGUGGUAACACGAUCGCUGGUACGGAGAAUGGUAACCAAUGUUUCUGCGGCUCCUCUGUAGGCUACCUCGCCACUCAGGUCAUUGACAGUUCCUGUGGCACUACCUGUACUGGUAACAACGCCGAGACCUGCGGUGGUGCUAACCGGCUAUCACUCUUCAGCGCUGGCAGGCCAAACAUAUCAGCUGCACCAGGCACACCGGAGGUCAUUAGCAACGACUGGUAUUACACGAGCUGCUCUGUUGAUAAUGCUGGUCGCGUCCGUGCACUGGGAGACAGGUCGACUACAUCUGACUCGAUGACUUUGGAGAAGUGCGGCAACUUCUGUCAAGGCUCACAGUACUUUGGCAUUGAAUAUAGCUCAGAGUGUUACUGCGGGAACAGUCUCAGCUCUUCAAGUAUUGCUGCCUCGAGCGACUGCAAUAUGCUGUGCUCUGGCGACAGUACCGAGUUCUGUGGUGCUGGAAAUCGUUUGACUGUAUAUCAAAACACCACCUGGGUGGCGCCAAGCAAAACUUCGAGUUCAUCAGCAGCCAGUGGCACCCCGACUGCGACUGGACCCGCUUGUCCGUCCAGCGACGGCAAGACUGUGACAUCGGGUGGCAAGAGCUUUAUUGUUGAAUGUGGCGUUGACCAUGCAGGCGGAGACCUCACUUCUCUGAGCGGUCGAAGUGCGUGCUAUCUCAAGUCUAGCUUAGGAGCCGCUGUUAACAAUGGUGGAGUCUGGGGCGCCAGAUUGAUGGUUCCUUCUACAUCGUCCCAGACAUCAUCGUCAACUUCGGGGACUACGACCAGUGUGCGCAGUACUUCUGUGGCGUUUACAUCGGCCACGAGCUCGACAGCCGCAUUCACCAGCCCUGGGACUUCUUCGACUUCCAGCUCCGCAUCGGCCGCCUCUUCGACGGUCGUAGCCUGCCCAACUUCAGAUGCAACUACCGUGACAUCUAACGGGAAGUCGUUUAUAGUGGAAUGUGGUAUCGAUCAUUCGGGAGGUGACCUGACGAGCCUAAGCGUCAAUAACUUCCAGCAAUGCAUCGACGCCUGCGCUCAGAAUCCCGCUUGCGUUGACAUGAGCUUGUCCGGUUCGGCCUGCUAUCUCAAGUCCACAGUUGGAGAGGUUGUCAACAAUGGUGUCUGGGGUGCUCGACUCCUGACCGGUACGACAUCAUCAACCCUUGUCCCUAUUGGCAGUUCUCUGGCGAAUCCAGCCACCACCUCCACAAGUACCAGCCUGAGUCUCGCACCCUCGACCUUCUCCACAAGUUUCGCCGUUGCCACACCUUCUGCGGUCACCUGUCCAGGCUCGAACUCGACUACAUAUCAGUCUGGUGGUCAGAGCUGGCUCAUCGAAUGUGGUGUUGAUCAUGCCGGCGGAGACAUGGGCAGCCUCUCAGCCAGCUCAUUCGCAGCCUGUAUCGCCGCCUGCGCAAGUACGUCCGGCUGCGUGGAUGUAUCUCUGUCGGGAUCAGCUUGCUACCUGAAGUCAUCUGUGGGUGCACCUGUAUACAAUGGUGUAUGGGGUGCGCGAGCAAUCUCUGUAUCGACUUCCGCAGCCUCAACAACCACUUCGGCGCUCGUUACAACCUCAUCUUCGGCAAUUUCUGCGACAGCCACUGCAAGUACCCAGAUGUCCUCGACCAGCAUCACCACAUUUGCGACCUCGACCUCGAUAUCGACCUUGUCCUCUAGCACAGCUUCAGCAACGCCUACCGCUCUCGCCUGUCCCGCAGGCAAUAACACACUCUACACGGCCCCCUCUGGCAACACCUUCCUAAUCGAGUGCAAUAUCGACCAUGCCGGAGGUGACCUGUCAUGGAGCUACGUCUCCAGCUUCACCGACUGCAUCGACAGCUGCGACUCCACUGCUGGGUGCGUAGACGUCAGUCUCGCUGGCGCAGCAUGCUAUCGGAAGAGCACCCUCGGCGCUGCGGUGAGCAAUGGAGGGGUCUGGGGUGCGAAGCUCGUGGGAAGUACGAGUAGUAUUGCUGUGGGCUCCAGUAGUACUUCGUCAGCUUAG